CUCCGGAACAUUUCAUCCACUUACAGCAUCUCAGGAAAAGCCUAAAGCUUCCGCAUCUUUCGGAUUGAUAUUUAUUUCCAAUUCAAACUCAAUAAAAAAAAAAAAAAAUGAAAUACUUCGUCGUUUUCGUUGCUGUUAUCGUUGCUGUUUACGCUGCAGAGGAUAGCUACACACGCGACAAACGUGGAUUCGCUAGCGGUGGAUACGGUUCUUCGUCUGGUGGGUCCAGCCAUGGCGGCGGAUCCAGCGGAUACGGAAGCGGAGCAGGUGGAGCUGCGGCUAUCGCUCAACAGGCAGCCAAUCAGGCUAAAGCGGCGCAGAAUGCCCAAGCUGGAGCCGCUGCCCAGGCAGCGCAACAAGCCACUGCCCAACUGGCCGCACAGGCCACCCAGGCCGCUCAACAAGCCCAGGCUGUUGUAGCUGCCAAACAAGCCCAAGCUGCUCAGAUCUCGCAAGCUGCUCAGGCCGCACAAGCCGCCGCACAGGCUGAAGCUUCAUUGGCUGCCCAGACCUCUCAGGCCGCUCAGGCUGUAGAAGCCACCCAAGUUCAGGCUCUGCAACAGGCUCAAGCUCUUGCUGCGGCUUCCUCUGCAGCCCGCACUCACGCUGCCACAGCCACUUCAGCCCUUCAAGCUGUCCAGGCUGUUGUGACCGCCCAAUCCCAGAUGGCUUCUCAGGCUCAAUCCAACGCCCAGCAUUUGGCAGCCAAACAACAAGCUUCACUAUCUGAUCUCGCAGCUGCCCAGCAGGCCGCCAACAAGGCCUACGCCGCCGCUCAAGCCGCUCAAGCCAACGUUGUCGGUGCUGGAAGCUACAGCGGCGGUGGUUACAGCAGCGGAAGCAGCAGCAGCAGCAGCAGCCAUUACGGCGGAAGCUCGAGCGGAAGUUCCAGCGGAAGCUCCGGCGCACGACCCCUUCCCAUCUUGUGCGGAGGUGGAAUUUGUUAAACUUUAACAAAAAAACAAAGGACGUUGUUGUACUAGCUAACUCAUUUACCAGACGAUGAUUUUGCAAGAAAACAUAAGCGUUGAUCGCGUAUGUUUCUAUUUAGAAUAGAUUUUAAAUAUAUUCCAACUAUUUUAGCCAA